CCUUAAUUUAGAUUUGUUCUUCUUUAGAAAGUUCUAAAUUUAGAUUUGGCACUUAAGAACGAGUUAUUAUCAGAGGUAAUAAAUUUAGCUUUUUGUUCAAAGCUUGUGUGUGUGUCCAUGAUGCUAUUGAACAAUAUAAGGGAAUAUUCUUUACUUGAUGCAUGGGUGAGCCACAAAGUUUAGAUGCUAGAUAGAUACGUGGUUAAAAAAAUGAAUAAAGUGAUGAGGUUGUGGCUAAUGCUCUUUUUUAAGUUAUAUGGUUUCAGCAUUAAUUGCCAAAUAGCAAACUUAGACAAUGGGAGAUCUGAAAGAGAGGCUUCUGCCACCAAAACCUGCAUCAGCUGUUAACCUAAGAGAGUUAUCAAAUCGACCAUCUUCAUCUGGAAGACAAGUGUUUCAAGGAGUUGAUGUUGUUGGGCUUAAGAAGAGAGGUCAAAGUCUCAGGUCAUGGAUUCGAGUUGACACGUGUGGUGACUCUCAGAUAAUUGAGGUAGACAAGUUUACUAUGAUGAGACGUUGUGAUCUUCCUGCACGUGAUCUUCGACUACUUGAUCCUCUCUUUGUUUAUCCAUCAACUAUACUUGGUAGAGAAAAGGCCAUUGUUGUAAACCUUGAACAGAUACGUUGUAUUAUUACAGCUGAUGAAGUUCUUCUCUUGCAUUCCCUUGAUAGUUAUGUGUUGCACUAUGUGAUGGAGCUUCAACGAAGACUCACAACAACUGGGGUUGUUGGUGAGCUCUGGCAGUUAGACAGUUCUGAUAUGAACCGUAGGAGAGGAAGUAGGGAUUUUGAAAAUGUCUUUAGCAACACAUCCCCUGAUUAUUUGCCUUUUGAGUUUAGGGCUCUUGAAGUUGCACUCGAGGCUUCAUGCACAUUUCUUGACUCUCAGGCAGCUGAGUUAGAAAUUGAAGCUUAUCCGUUGUUGGAUGAACUAACAUCUAAAAUCAGUACUCUAAAUUUGGAACGUGCUCGUCGGUUAAAAAGCAGACUUGUUGCUCUCACUAGAAGGGUUCAGAAGGUUAGAGAUGAAAUAGAACAGCUUAUGGAUGAUGAUGGUGAUAUGGCUGAAAUGUAUCUAACUGAAAAGAAAAGACGAAUGGAGUUGGCAUCUAAUGGAGAUCAGUGUUUGUCUGGUAAUAAAUCAACUGAUGGUGUAUCCAUGUCUGCUCCAGUUUCUCCUGUUUCAUCUCCUCCUUCCUAUGCUAGGAAGCUUGAAAAGAACUUGAGUAUUGCUAGGAGUCGACAUGAUAGCGUGAAGAGUUCUGAAAGUUCUACAGAAAAUAUAGAAGAGUUUGAAAUGUUGCUAGAAGCAUACUUUGUAGUAAUUGAUAGCACCCUAAACAAGUUGACAUCGUUGAAAGAAUACAUUGAUGAUACAGAAGAUUUCAUUAACAUUCAACUGGAUAAUGUACGUAAUCAGCUCAUCCAGUUUGAGCUUUUACUCACGACUGCAACAUUUGUUGUUGCCAUCUUUGGCGUUGUGGCAGGAAUAUUUGGGAUGAAUUUUGAAAUUCCAUUAUUUAAGGUCCCCUCAGCAUUCCAGUGGGUCCUUGUAAUUACAGGAGUUUGUGGACUCUUAAUAUUUUGUGCGUUUGUGUGGUUCUUCAAAUACAGAAAACUCAUGCCCCUGUAGAAGCAAUACCUCCAUCAAGAAGACAAUUGCACCUUUGCUGUUGAUAUUGAUAAUUUGCAUUUGGUAUGCAAUGAUAAAUUUCAGAAGAAAAGUUAGCUCAUAUCUAGAUCAAUUCUUUCAGUUCAAUU